AAAGAACGAAAUUUCAAGCUUUGUCUAAAACAGAAAACCCCCAUCACCACCACCAUUAUGAAUACAUUCACAUUUCCAGAACCUUCUCAUUUCUCCAAUCACAAACCCUAAUUUCACACUUUUCACUCCAAUCGCCGGAAAAUUACGUCACAUUUCAUCAACAUGACGAACGAACCGCCGAUUGCGAAGACCGACUUGGAGACUGGACCAACCGGAGCACUGUACCCGACGAUGUCGGAGUCGCCGGAGCUUCGGUGGUCGUUUAUUCGCCGGAUUUACUCCAUUGUUGCCGUACAGUUGCUUCUCACCAUCGCUGUUGCUACUGUUGUUACGUUGUAUCAUCCGAUCGUCAAUUUCUUGACAACUACCAGAGGUGGAGUGGUCUGCUUUUUGCUUCUCUUCAUCACGCCGAUCAUCAUCUCAUGGCCACUGUAUCACUAUCGCCAGCGUCAUCCUGUCAACUUUGUGCUUUUAGGGAUCCAAACCGUCUCUCUGGCUUUUGUUGUCGGUUUGGCAUGCGCUCUCACUAGCGGAAAGAUGAUCCUGGAAUCGGCUAUUUUGACAACAGUGGUGGUUAUGAGUCUCACAUUGUACACAUUUUGGGCCGCCAAGAGUGGUUCUGACUUCAAAUUCUUGGGCCCAUUCUUGUUCGCUUCUCUUAUGGUGCUUCUCGCCUUUGGGCUUAUUCAGAUAUUGUAUCCUCUGGGUAGCCUUUCGGUUAUGAUAUAUGGGUGUUUAUCCGCGAUAAUCUUCUGUGCGUACCUAGUAUAUGACACUGAUAAUCUGAUCAAACGGUACACAUAUGAUGAUUACAUCUGGGCUGCAGUUUCUUUGUAUCUUGAUGUCAUCAAUGUUUUCAUGGCGUUCCUUACUGUCUUCAGUGCUGCCGACGGCUGACUCGUUCUGAUGGAAAUAUGGAGUUUAUAUAAGACGUUACUUUACUAAUUGAUCGCGUAUGCCAUAUGGAAUAUAUACCUAUAUUUUUAGUAAAGAUCCAAUAUAGGAAUUUGGGCAGUUGAGCUACCAUUUGGAUUUUCCAGUUUUAAGCUCUCUGUGUUAAAAAUAGUAUGAAUAUAUGUAAAGACCUUUAAAGUUGGUGGAACACUAAAUAGGAGCAUGAAACAAGCACCAACUGUACUAUCUGAGACCUAUAUGGUUGUGCUUGUCAUGGCUGCAGAUCUCUUAACUUC